CUCAAGUCGAUCGGGAUAAGGGAUAACGUGGCCGUGUAAACAUCGCCUCGAAAUCUCGCAAAAACGCACGACAGGGAAAGACGACCCAGGGCUUCCUUAUUCCCUCCCUCCUCGAUAACAGGACUCAAGGAUCCCAGCCACAAGAACCCCUGAGGCCAGGACCCCCGGCAGGAGCACAGGAGGGCCAUAAAGCGAGAGAUAAGAGAGAGAGAGGAGAGGCUGCCGACGUGGCUCGCGGUCCACUGGUGUCAGCGCCCCCGAGGACAUGCACUCGCCUCGGGCCUAAUUUAUCCUAAUAGCACGAGCCUCCCUCUCUCUCCCUCCCUCCUGUCGCCGAGCUACCGAGAUAUACUAAAAAGCCAAGAUGGGGUCGGAUAAGAAUGCACAAGGGCACAUCCUCAAAUAUGUGAGCCUGGUAACGCUCACAGUACAAAACUCUGCUGUUGCAUUAAGUAUGCGCUAUGCAAGGACUCGGUCAGGAGAUAUGUUUAUUGCAUCCACAGCUGUUGUGAUGGCCGAGUUUGUAAAGCUGUUGGCUUCUCUGUUUCUAGUGUGGAAGCAAGAGGGAUCUGUGCAGCACUGGUUCAUGGCCCUACACACCCAGAUAUGGCAGCAGAAAUUAGACACUCUGAAAGUGUGUGUUCCUUCAUUUAUUUACCUUGUGCAGAAUAAUCUGUUGUAUGUGUCUGCCUCCAACCUUGAUGCUGCUACCUACCAGGUGACAUACCAGAUGAAGAUUUUAACAACUGCCAUGUUUGCGGUUCUGAUUUUGAGAAAGCAGCUCCGUGGCACUCAGUGGUUAGCUUUGGUGUUCCUGACUGCUGGCGUAGCUCUGGUGCAGCUGUCUUCGACCGACACAGGCUCCUCAGCCAGCUCUAGUGAUCAAAAUCGUCUUUUGGGUUGUGUUGCUGCAAUUGCAGCAUGUUGUUGCUCAGGAUUUGCAGGAAUCUACUUUGAAAAAAUUCUGAAAGGGUCAGAUGUUUCAGUUUGGGUCAGAAAUGUUCAGCUGUCAUUCCUGUCACUGCCCUUGGGUGUCAUGACUGCAUACAUGAAUGACUUUUCAUCCAUCACUGAAAAAGGGUUCUUUUUUGGGUAUGAUGGGUAUGUGGCAUACUUAAUAGUCCUCAAUGCCGUUGGAGGCUUGUUAGUGGCCAUGGUCGUUAAGUAUGCAGACAACAUUUUAAAGGGCUUUGCAACUUCAUUAGCAAUUGUGUUAUCUACAAUUGCCUCAGUAUUUAUGUUUGGUUUUGUAAUAACAUUCCAGUUUGCAGUUGGCACCGCAAUGGUGAUUGGCUCAAUCUUCCUGUACAGCCACGAGCCAAAGAAACCAACAGCCAACCCCAUGGGUAGCACCACUGGAGCUGACGAGAACAGCUGUGCGUAAAAAGCUGAUGAUUCUCAAGAAUCUUCAGGGACUAUUCCAAGCCAGUGUUGCUGUCUAAAUGUCUAACUUUUUUUUUCUUAUUUAUCAUUCUUAAUUAAAAAAGCACUAUUGAUGUUUUGAUAAUUGAGUUGGUAUAUUUCAUACAGUGAUGAAUAGCUAAUUCAUAUUGGGAAAGGCAGCUGGCACCUAAUCCUGUUUUCUAUAAUGUAAAUUGUUGGUUAAUGGUAUAUCAUUAGUGUUGUGGUUAUUAAAUUCCAUAGACAGUAUUAUAUAAUGCCAGUAUUAAUUUGCUUCCUUUUCGUUAUGUCCUUUGCUGGAUUAUCAGUGCAUUUCUUAUAAAUUUUAUUUUUUUAUAUUUUUGUUUUUAGUCAGGUGAAGGAUUAUUGUAUUUGAUUAAUGCUUUUAGAUAUAUGUGUGGUAUGGCACAGAUUAGUAUCUAUACCAUUGUCUCUCUCUCUCUCUCUCUCUCUCUCUC